GUCCUCUUUUCCAGAAUGGAGCUGUCCUCAGCUGAUCAGAACCAAAGCGUUGGAUCUUUAAUCUCCUGCGUUGUUCUGAAGCAGCAUCUUAAUCAGCUCUCCUGCUUUGUUUCUAUUGCAGCUGUUAGCUAAACACGGCUAAAGAAAACCUGCUACCACUUCAGGAUCAUCCAUCAGCUGGGACUGAUUCAUCGUGCGUUCUUCACCAACUGGACCUGGACAGCAUGGACACAGCCCCUCAGAGUCAAACACAAGAUCCAGUGGGCCUAAUAGGCACCAGGCAGAAGCCCACAAUUCCAGAGCGGGCAUGUACAGUGUCAGAAGAAGAGCCGGGAGCCAGCAGUGAGGGUAUUGAUCCUGUUGGGAUAGAAGAUGUUCAACAGAUUGUGCAGGUUAAAGAAGAUUCUGAAGAACAGAGUGCGGGUGUGGAACAGCAGGACCCAGAACAUCUCCACAUAAAGGAGGAAAAGGAGGAACUCUGGACCAGUCUUAAGGGAGAGCAUCUCCAUUUGAAGGAGGAGACUGAUUCUGCCUGGUUUCAAUUCAGUGUUGUUUCUAUAAAGAGUGAGGAUGAUGAAGAGAAACCUCUGGUCUCACAGCUUCAUCAGCAGCAAAUAGAAGACAAAGAUGUUCCAACCAGCAGCUCAUCUGACCAGAUGGCAGCUGAAAUUUGUGGGGUAUCAGGAACUAGCAGGAACCCAGAUCUGAACCCUCAUGAACAAACAUCUGAUUCUUCUGAGACUGAAGUUAGUGGAGAUGAUGAUAUGAAUCUAGACUCUGGGAUGUCAGGCUCUGGGUCUGAAACUGGAGACGAAGACCAUGACUGGAAAGAGAAAAGGUCUUCUGAGUCAGAUGUUAAGACAGUCAGCAUAUCUUCUAGCUGUCUUGAGUGCGGUGAACAAUUUCAUGAUAAGCAGUCUCUCCAGAAACACGUGAGAGUAACCAGCCAUUCAGUAAUCAGGUCUUCCAGCUUUUUGGUUAAUAAGAAAUCAGUUAGAUUUAAGCAACCUGUAGACUCAUAUAGGGAAGUCCAGAAAGAACUAAAAUCAUUUAGUUGUGACUGUGGAAAAAUAUUUGGGAGAAAAUCAAGUUUUAACAGACACCAGAGAAUCCACACAGGACAGAAACCUUUUGCCUGUGAGCUCUGUGGAAAUCGAUUUACCGAAAAGUCAACUUUAAACACUCACAUGACAGUCCACACAGGACAGAAACCUUUUAUCUGUGAGCUCUGUGGAAAUCGAUUCAACAAAAAGUCAGCUUUACACAGUCACAUGAGAGUCCACACAGGGCAGAAACCUUUUAUCUGUGAUCUCUGUGGAAAUGGAUUUACCCGUAAGUCAAACUUAAACACUCACGUGAUUAAACACACAGGACAGAAACCUUUUAUCUGUGAGCUCUGUGGAAAUCGAUUUACCGAAAAGUCAACUUUAAACACUCACAUGAGAGUCCACACAGGACAGAAACCUUUUAUCUGUGAGCUCUGUGGAAAUCGAUUUACCGAAAAGUCGACUUUACACAGUCACAUGAGAGUCCACACAGGGCAGAAACCUUUUAUCUGUGAUCUCUGUGGAAAUGGAUUUACCCGUAAGUCAAACUUAAACAGUCACAUGAGAGUCCACACAGGACAGAAACCUUUUAUCUGUGAGCUCUGUGGAAAUCGAUUUACCGAAAAGUCAACUUUAAACACUCACAUGAGGGUCCACACAGGACAGAAACCUUUUAUCUGUGAUCUCUGUGGAAAUGGCUUUACCAGUAAGUCAAACUUAAACUAUCACAUGAGAGUCCACACCGGACAGAAACCUUUUUCUGUGAGCUCUGUGAAAAAAGAUUUACCCAAAAGUCGCAUUUAAACACUCACAUGAGAGUCCACACAGGACAUAAACCAUUUGCUUGUGAAUUCUGUGGAGAAAGAUAUGGACAAAAGACAUUUUUAUUCAAGCACAUGAGUGUCCACACAGGAUAGAAACCUUCUGUUAAUGAGCUCUGUGGACAAAUUAAAAGUGACAGUGCAAAUCACAACUUUAGUGGACUCUCACGUGAUGGUUUAAAGUCGUCAUUGGCAGUUAAUGAGUCAAGUGUUAUGGUGGUAGGGUUAGGUGGAGUAGAUGAGGUUACAGACAGAGUGACUUUUUACUAGGCUUCCAGCAACAAAAUGUGGUUUAAUAUAACAUUUAGUUGACCUAAAAGUGCCUCUAAAAGCAAAACUUCUCUUAGUAAACGCAAUGUUUGGGAUCCUUAGCACAAAAAUGUUUUUUAGCAAAAGGUGUAUCUAAAAUUAUAUAAUAUUUUAUAAGUCUCUUUUUUUAUAUACACAUAUUCCAUCCUUUGCUUCAGUUUUCACCAAACACAAUAAAAUAUAGACCCAUUGCAUAUUAUUGUUUACAUCCAGGUAACUGAGCACAUCCACACUAGCUGGAGGGCUAGAACCCCGUCUCCAGCCGUUACCCAGAGCUGUAUCUCCAUGAUUUAAGUUAACAAAAUAAAACCUAGGCAUUUAGAUAUGACUACUUUAGAUUAUUUAACACAUCUUGGUGUAGAUGAACAAAAAAUAAAUAAACAUCUCUAUGUUAAUGAUGUUUAGCACAAAGCUUCCAGUUGAGUUUGAAAUAGCUAGCUAGUGUAAUCUUUAAUAUGGAUGACAAUAAUUUCAGUUUCAUUCAAUCAGAAUGAGGAAUUAGUGUCAUUUAGUAAGGAAUUAUUUUGUGUAUAAUAAUACAGAAUUGAUCUGAUUAUUUGUUUUAUAUUCUCUCAAAGUUAUUCUUAUAUAUACCCCCUUGCCGUAGUUUUGGUUCCUAUGUGCUGUGUUGGAGGGGAAGAAAAAAAGAGGGCACGAGGAAGUGUGGGGGAAAAAAAUAAAGAAGCCGAGUCAAGACUGUGCUGCGUGGUGGUUUUUAUAAGCUAGGAGGAUAACAAAGGUUAUAACUCAUUUCAGCUCAACUGUAACCCGCCUAAGACCCACAGCCUCCGGUACUGAUGAGCAGUGAAAAUGAUGGAUAUGUGAGGCAGAUAUUUUACUUUAAUUCUGUCACUGUCUCCCACUAUGUGGGUGGUUUAGCCACUAGAACUGGUACUGCCUUUAGUUUAUUUUAUUAGCUGGAAACCUGUAAAAUUUAACUUUUCUGUUCUUCAUUCAUCUACUUGUGCAGCCUACAGGACUGUGUGUGUUUUCUAGUUUUAGUCUUCAGUGUUUUAUAUCUAAUUCUAUUCAUUUUUGUUUUGUCCUUUAUUGCUGUAAAGCAUAAUGAGUUGCCUUUGUUUGGCAAAUGUGCUAUAUAAAUAAAGCUGUCUUGUUUAGUCAAGUCUGUUUUUCACAGAUUCAGAAUCAGAAGUUUUUAUUGCCAUAUGUGUGCCAAGUCACAACAUUAGGAAAUUGCUGCGGUAUUUUGGUGCACAAGGUAAGAUAGAAAAAAUUUUUUAUUAAGAGAUAAGCAAAUUUAAGAACUAAUAAAACACUCAUGAUAAAA